AAAGAAUUAUUUUUCUUCUCAAAUGAUUUAGUCAUGAAUAAUUAUCCGUUUACAUCAUUUUAGGUGUACCUAACGUUGUUGAAACAUUCUGUUACGAAUCUAAUAUCCGUAACGCUACGAUUUCUAAACGAAAGCCACAGGGUUUCUUUCAUAAUCAUAUCAUAUCAUAAGACGACGACCAUGCCUAACAACAAAAGUGUCGAGUUGGGCUUUAGUUUGAUCGAGGAGGAUGCAUCCAAAGUCUUGGGACUCACUUUUGGAUCUCAUAAAGUUGAACCAGGUCAAUAUAUUCCAAGAGGAGUUGCUCGAACUCCACCGGAAAUCAGUUUCAGUGCCUCUUCUUCAAAUACAUAUAUGGUCAUUUCUAUCGACAUUGAUCCCCCUUUCGUUUCAUGGAAUGUUCUCGGGCCUGCCUUACACUGGAUCCAAUCCGACCUGAAAGCCAGGAGUAGCUCUACCACCAACGAAUCGGUGGUACUUAAUUCAAGCGCACCCUUUAUCGUUAACUAUAUAGGUCCAUCUCCCCCACCAGGGGCUGCACCUCAUCGAUACGUCUUCUACCUAUACGAACAGCCGUCCGGUUUUGAUGUCACCAAAUACGCUCCAGACAACGGGAAAUUAGUUGGUCUCUGGGGCCGUGCGCGAUGGAGCUUGGAUGAUUGGGAAAAAGAGGCCGGACUUGGCAAGGCAGUAGCUAUGAAUUAUUUCAAGAGUAACUGAGAAAGACAUGAUUACUGGUGCUUGUGUCAUGAGACCAACCGUAUAAGGGGGUUAAUAACUCUGUUGUUGCGCGAGGAGAUCGCAAGUAACUGCUACGGAAACUAUCGUAUACAUACAAGAAUGGCUUCUUUGUUCUAAGGGCUCCCUUACCUCCACAUCAGCGAUAAGGAGUUGCUCCGAUACUUCCCAGGAUGUAUCCCU